CCGUCCCCGAGGAGGUGGUGCUGGAGCCGGUGCCGCCGAUGGCACCGGGCAAGAACUACACCGUGACGUGCCGGGUGGUGAGCGCGGCUGUCAUCUACAACCUGACGGUGACGCUGUGGCGUGGCGGCGAGGCGCUGGCCACGGCCACCUUCCCCCAAGCCACCAGCGUGGCCGUGCCCAACGGCAUCGCCGCCCGCCAGCAGGACCACGGGCACAACCUCACCUGCCAGGCCACCGGGCCCCGCUUCACCCUCACCUCCGCCCCGGUGACGAUGGAGGUGGUG